CAGCUGCUUGUGCAGAAAACACGACGGCGGCGGACCGAGGGACAGUAUGGUUUUUUGUGCCGCUGUGCACGCGCUGGAGCCGAGCUGCCCGGGUGACUGGACACGUCUGAUCUCGAGCGUCCGCAUCGAUGAGAAAAAAGACAUGUGAUGAUGAUGAUCUAAAGUGACCACAUAGGAUCCAAAUCGGCAGUCUGUCCAUCCGACUAGAAGAAAUAUUUCCCUGUGGACGUAAAGAGAGGUCGCAUUUGUGAGCCUCUCCUAGUUUGUUCUUUUUUUUCCUUUUCUUUUGUGUGGAAAAGGGGACCAUGGGCGGAGCGGUGAGCGCAGGAGAGGACAACGACGAUCUGAUUGACAACCUGAAGGAAGCGCAGUACAUCCGCACAGACAGGGUGGAGCAGGUCUUCAGGGCUAUAGAUCGCGGGGAUUAUUAUUUAGACGGAUACAGAGAAAACGCCUACAAAGACUUGGCCUGGAAGCACGGCAACAUCCACCUUUCAGCCCCCUGCAUCUACUCCGAGGUCAUGGAGGCGCUGAAGCUGCAGCAAGGGCUUUCCUUCCUCAAUCUGGGCAGUGGGACAGGAUACCUGAGCACAAUGGUGGGCCUGAUCAUCGGUCCGUUUGGAGUAAAUCAUGGUGUGGAGCUGCACAAGGACGUGGUGGAGUACGCAAAAGAGAAGCUGGAGGAGUUCGUUAAGAACAGUGACAGCUUUGACAAGUUUGAAUUCUGCGAGCCCAAUUUCGUGGUGGGAAACUGUCUCGAGAUCUCGACAGACAGCCAUCAGUACGAUCGCAUCUACUGCGGAGCCGGAGUUCAGAAAGACCACGAGAACUACAUGAAGGUCAUGCUGAAAGUCGGAGGCAUUCUGGUCAUGCCCAUUGAAGAUCAGUUGACUCAGAUCACCAGAACCGGUCAGAGCUCUUGGGAAAGCAAGAACAUCCUGGCCGUCUCCUUUGCGCCGCUGGUCCAGCAAAACCGGAGCGAGGGCAGCAAACCGGACCCUGUGACGUUGCCUCUGCUGACGGUGCGCAGUCUGCAGGACCUGGCCCGCAUCUACAUCCGCCGCACGCUGCGCAACCUCACCAACGACGAAAACGCGUCCAAGGGGACAGGGCCACGCGUGCCACAAAAGCGCAAGCGCAGGCGCUGCCGUCGCUCCCGGCACCACCGCGUCAACACCUAUGUGUUUGUAGGCAACCAGCUGAUCCCACAACCCAUCGAGAGUGACGAGGACGAGAGGAUCGAGGACGAGGACAGCAAAGAGGAAGAGCAGGAAAAAGAGGUGGAGAAAGACAAACCUGAGCAACCUCAGGUCAACUUGCUAAGAGACAAAGUCCUGAGUUUGCCUCUGCCCGAGUCCCUCAAGGCUUAUCUGCUGUAUUACAGAGAGAAAUAAGGAAACAAGCUGACGUUCUGCCUACGAUCAAGCAAUGUUUUUGUAUCAAGGACUCUCUCUCUCUCUCUCUGUCUCUCUCUCUCUCUCUCUCUCUCUCUCAUUACUUUGAUAAUGUAGCAUAGUUUAAUUUUGUUUCCCGAUUUCAAGGCAGACUUCAACCCUAUAUGGUUGUGCUUUACAGUAUGCUAUUCAAAUGAUUUAUAAUUCUGGUUCCCAAAAACAAUCCUUUGAGGACCUAUCCGGGCUGACCGGAACAUUUUGAGGUUUCUAGAUCUCUCUAGUAGUUUGUACUCGGCGUUUUUGCUAUGAUCUCGCGUUCGGAAAUCUUUCUAUUAAUCCGUCUCCAGAGCCUGGCCUCGAUCUUGAUCGGUCCUCACUGGCACUUUGUCCGCCUCGGAUCUGAGGACAAACAUUUUGGAAAUCUCUUUCUACACUUUACAUUUUAGUUGAUGGUGUGGAUUAGUCAGUGAGUGUGUAUCUGUUUGAUAAGCUUUAUGGGUGGGAUGCAUAACAAAAUGUACAUGCAUGUUCGAAUGCAUUUUUUUUUCCCUUCCCACCUCUUUUUCCCCUCAUAAGGUCACCAUAAGAGGUACAAUAUGAAGCGGGCUUCAUUGGUUAUAACUUAAAAGGUCUUUGGUCCAUUCGUAGGUUCAGUUUAGUCUUUGAUUGAUUAAAUUGCACUAUUGCUAGAGCUUUUCUAUUGACCAGUCUUUUUACUCGACGACUUCACUUGAUUUGUGUCCUAAAUCCCCAACGUUGCUACAUCUAACCCCCCCCUCCCCCUCGAGCCUCCUUGACAACACUCCCAUCACGUUUGCGGUAUAAAGUACAGUCACGAUUUGCCGUGUAGCGUGUCACAGUGUACACCCACGACAUAUAUUUUCCAUUUCGUUUGUAAUAUAAUACUUAUAUUAAUCUAAUAGUAGAUGCUAAGACGUGUCAUGUUACAGAAAUUAACAGCUUUGAGAUAAAAAAAAAAAAAAGGAGAGAAAAUUCUGUAUUUUGUGUAUUUCUGUUUGUAGUUGUUGGGUUUACGGUUGCUAGAAUUUGUUUGUAGAUGAGAGAAAAAACACUUUUGCAACACAUGGGGUGUAGGUCAUGCACUUAUUAACUAGUUCAUGUGACACAAAAGACCGUGAAAGACGCAAUUCAUACAAAUCGUAUUACUUUUUUAGGAUUGUUCUUCAUGGCAGCCUUCGAUUCUGUGUUUUUCUUUGCAGCAAAAACAGACUGUAUUCAUAUAAGAUGAGGUAUAAUAGGAAAAGAGUCCUAAAGUUUUUUCAGACUGGGCCAAUAUAGGAUUUUUUUUUCCCAGUGGAUAUUUUACACAAACAUCAGGAUUUAAGUCUAUAAUCUGCUGGAUAUAUGUACAGUAUAAACUAUAUGGGGUGUGAAUUCAACUCUUUAAUAAAUUCUAACGUUUGUGAAGAUUCAUGUCCUAAACCCCUCUCUCUCUCUCUCUCUCCCUCCCUCCCUCCCUCUCUCCCUCUCUCCCUCUCUCCCUCUCGCUGUCAUAUUUCACUAAGGUAUUUUCUCUCAACAAUCUAUGUAUACAGAUGCUGUUCAUAGAGCAAAGGACAUUUAUAGGCAGGUGAUUUAUUCUCUUAAAAUUCGUUAUAGCUGUCAAGUUUUACUCUACAAGACGUGGCCGAAGUCAACCGCCUACAAUUGUUCGUAUAACGUGCAAUCGACAUUGAGCUUGAAAUAAGACUUUAAAAAGGGAAAAGGUUUAUUUAAUGUCAUAGGGGUUUUUUUUCAUUGUUUGAUGCUCUGUUAAGAAACCACUGGCACAUCAAUAAAGGUUCUACAGCUUAUAUAUUUCUUUAAUAAUAGAACGGAUGAAAGGUUAUAUUCGUUUUACGAAGUGGAAGAACAUCAGGGUGGUUUCCGUCAGAAAUGGUGGCGGUUCUUCCAAGUUUUCUUGACGAGUACCGAUGGCAAAAUCAGCACCUCCGGACCCUACAUGGGUAACUUGGUUGUAUACUUAACCUUAUGCUCUACUUCCUUAUACUUCGGAUCACUGAUGUAAUUGUUUGCAUAAGACCAAUUGAAUAUCCAUCAUGUCAUGUGGUGAUAUGCAGACAGUGAGAAUUUUUUCACCUUCCUUUUGCUCUAAAAGGAAGGUGCAUGUGUCCCUCUUUAGACCAACACCCCCACGUCCUUGUCACUACUACCGAGACUUACCUUUGAUGUCAGACACUGAGUAAUCCACCAAUGCUUAAACAGUUUGAGGUGCACCAUUCCCAGUCAUGCAUCCCAGCAAACCACACAUCAGCCAUUCAAGGUUUCAUGGCUGUAUCCAUAAUACUGAAGUGGCUCUGUCUUCUGACAAGAAGACACAAACACAGUCAAGCCUCAUUUACAAAGGGGUGAGGUCACCCUUAUGAAUUAGUCUUAGUGACUCCACAUAUGGAGAUUAGAAGAUUUCUCGAGCUUCAGAGAAGGGAUUAUUGACAGACCCUGGCUUUGCAGGGGCAUAAGAUAACACACACUUUGGACACAGCCUGGUUACACCAAAGAGUUAAACCAAACAGAAGGGUACAUUUACCAGACUGGUAAGAAAGCAGAGAUAUCACCAGUAUUCCACUGCAAAUUGAAUACAGAAAGGAUUCUUUUGGUUCUAUGGUCAUAACCAAUGGUGUUUACCUCCUGGUGUCCCCAGACCCCACUUUGUGAACAAUGGGUGAAGUUGCCAGAACAGCAGUUGUUUUAACAAGACACACUGAUUUCGUAGAUCCAGAAUAGGACAGAUCAGAAAAUUUCUUGAAAGAAUGUGACCUAGCCCAACGUAGUAUGGACUGGCACUGGUUUUGCACCUUUGUUGGGUUGCUGGUGGUUGGUGAGGAAACUAAGAGAACAUGUAUUUUUUAGGUUUUUAGGCUCUUGUCAAAGAUGAUCCAGUCCCCCAAAGGAUUGGGACUUGUUAACUGCCCAUAGACUCCAUCAAGGCCUGGUGGAAUAAAACGAUCACCAUCCUGACAAGAGGGUAGGGCAUGUUCGACAAUUGGUAACAAGUUCGAAGCAGCAGUUGUGUUGCUGUAAAAUUGCUACACACCAAAACAACAACCAUUCUAAUGCCUGAAUUAGUGCAAGAAUGAAUUACCUUCCUCCAAGGAGUGCAUCCUCACCAACCAUGUGCACGUUGAUCAAUGAGCAGGACUAUGCUUAACAUCUUGAAUCCUCUUCUUUGCCAUUAGAGAAUGGGAUACAGGACAAACAUAAUAUAGACCUUAAUGGAUUGACCACAUGGGGCCACAGUCACAAGGUUUGGUAUCGUACUCGCCAAAGAAGCUAGGGCAGAGGAACACUCCAUCAGUUCUGAAAAAUAAAAACACUUUGAUGGUCCAAAAUGUAUGUUUUCUUAAGCGAAUUCCUUUCAGUAUAAGCAUUAUGAAAAUUUUGUGAUCCUUUUGCUCUUAUGUUACAGGGUUUCAGAAUUGUGUAUCAGCACAACAGAAUUUUAAAGGCUCGCUUAUUAACACUGUCUGUAAUCUGAUUGUCUGUUCACAACAAUUUUCUUAAUAUAUUUAUAUCUAUCCCAGCACCUUGGUGAAUUUUAUAGUACAUUUGUUUUAUUCCAGUUGAUUUUUUUUUUUUUUUUUUUUUUAGAGUUGGUAUACGGAUCAACCGUUGCACCAUUUAAAAACCUUGCGAUACUGGCAAUUACUGGCACUCUUGUAAUGAUUAGUGAAAAGGUUAUGGGGGGAAAACGUGUCUUUGUGGUUAUUAAUUAUUCUCAUGCUGAAAAUAAGACAUUGACAUUUCAAGGGAAGUGAAUUUAUUAAAAGAAAAUUAAAAACA